AUGGACGACGAGGGCCCGAGACAUUACCAGUACCUCUUCACCAGAGAGGCUCUGGACCAAAGCCACGAGGCGGCGCACGAGCGUGCGGCCCAGACCCUCCGAGAGCAGGGCCUCCGUGUGCUUCAGGCAGAGCCCAGACCUUUGAACCUGAAGGAAAGCUGCAACCUUGUUGCUUUCUACGCCCAGAAGCUGCCGGACCUUUGUGGUCUGUGCUCUGCUCCGCAGGAGGUGCUGUGGACGUCGCUGAUCUUCUUCAAGAGGUUCUUCAGCGCGAAUUCACCCAUGGAGUUCGAUCCAGUGACCAUGAUGUUCACCUGCCUGCAUGUUGCCUGCAAGGUGGAAGAGUUCCGUGACCUCACCUUAGAGAAGAUGCUCCAGGAGGGUGGCAUGGGAGAGCAGAUGCGGCCGAGGGUCACCGAUCUGGAGCUGGAGCUUCUGCAGGCCUUAGACUUCGAGCUUCUGGUUGAGCCGAAGGUUCGCCCUUCUCUGCAAAUCUUGGCGGAGGAGGAGGAGAAGUGGUCCAAAGUCGCCGAUCUCGAGGAGGCCAUAAAGAAGGCUGAGGCGCUGGUCAUAGAUGUCUGCGCCAGCACGAAUGCGAUACUCCAGUGGCCAACCUCUGUCCUCAUCGCCGCAGCUUGGGGCGUAGUCUUGGAGGAAGCAGUGGCAGAAAAGGCUUCGCAUGUGUGUUCCAUGCUGCUUCAAAGCUUUACGGAGGAGCGGCACAAGACCGAGUUGAAGGCGAUGUUCCAGGAAGCUGUGCAGGCCAUCAAGCAGAUGAACUGCAAAGCAGAGCUCAACAGGGAAGCCAUGCAGGAGAUCGCCAAGGCGGCUCGGAAGUGCCAAAAGGCCUUCGAUCGGAUCCGUGAGGAGCGGAAGCAAAGACACGAGGCCGGCUUGAUAUUACCCUCUCAGAGUCUUGUUCCAAGAGAAGGGCUCUCGAAAAGCAACCUGAGGGACUAG